AUGCUUAGAACUUCCGUCAGAUUCAACUCAGCUUCAGCUGGUCCAUUAUUAAAAACCCCAUUAUAUGAAGCCCAUAUUGCCUUACAAGGAAAAAUGGUCCCAUAUGCGGGAUUUGAGAUGCCAGUUUUAUAUAAAGGACAAACUCAUAUAGAAUCACAUAAUUGGGUUAGAUCAAAAGUUGGAUUAUUUGAUGUUAGUCAUAUGUUACAACAUAAGAUUAAAGGUAAAGAUGCUAAAUCAUUAUUACAAAAGAUUACUCCAAUUGAUUUAAAUUUAUUAAAAGUUAAUGAAUUUAGUUUAUCAGUAUUAUUGAAUGAGAAUGGUGGUGUUAUUGAUGAUUGUAUCAUUACUAAACAUGGUGAAGAUGAUUAUUAUAUGGUUACUAAUGCUGGAUGUCGUGCGAAGGACAUUGCUUUUAUUAAAAAAGAAGCUGAACAAUUCAAUUCAGUUGAACAUGAUACUUUUGAAAGUACUUUAUUAGCAAUUCAAGGUCCAAAAUCUCAAGAAAUUUUACAAAAAUUUACUAAUGAAGAUUUAUCCAAGAUUUAUUUUGGACAAAGUAAAUUUGCAAAAUUAUCAACAAUUGGUGGUGAUGUUCAUUUAGCUAGAUCAGGAUAUACUGGUGAAGAUGGAUUUGAAUUAUCAAUUCCUUCAUCUAAUGAAGUUGAAACAAAGGAAUCUUUAACCUUCUUCCAAGAAUUAAUCAACACUUAUCCAGAUGUUGUUAAACCAAUUGGUUUAGCUGCAAGAGAUUCAUUAAGAUUAGAAGCAGGUAUGUGUCUUUAUGGACAUGAAUUAACUGAAGAAAUCACUCCAAUUCAAGCUGCUUUAACUUGGUUAAUUCCCAAGACCCGUCGUGAAGGUAAUCCAGGUUUCAAUGGUGCUAGUACUAUCUUGUCACAAAUUAAAGAUAAAUCUUUACUUAGUACUAGAAGAAUCGGUGUAUUAUCCAAGGGUCCAUCUCCAAGAGAUAACAAUAAGAUCUUUAGUGAAGAUGGUAAGACUGAGAUUGGGUAUAUUACUUCUGGAUCUCCGUCUCCUACAUUGGGUGGUAAUGUUGCUCAAGCUUAUAUUGAUAAGAAAUUUAAGAUUGGAAGUAAUAUUAAGAUUGAAAUUAGAGGAAAAUUAAGAGACGCUACUAUUGCCAAAUUACCAUUUGUUCAAAGUAACUUGUAUAAGCCAUGA